UGAGACGUUUCAACGGCUUUUAGUAUUCAAUUUUCUGUAGUUAGAAGGUGUAGUUUGUGUGUAUCAGCGAAACAUGACUCAUUAAGUUGAUAAAACCAAUGAUGAGUUAUUGAAGCCAAAGUUUAUUUGUGUUAAUGUAUUAAUUUCUUCAUUAUUGUAUUCGUUGACACUUUGCUUUUAGCGGACAAAGGAGUGCGCCUGAAUGAGGUCCUUAAUCCCUCGUGGAACAUAGCACAUCAGCCUGCGCACCAUCUUGAGCGAUUUUUGGCAUUUAUGAGCAUUUCGAAUGGCUCCACUUGCGCAUUUUUCGGUAUUACUGAGCUCGACAUUGUUUUGGGCCAAAAAAAAGCCGAAGAUGUUCCUCAGGUAGCGAUUUACAAAAACCUGAAGGCUUGGUGAUGGAUUUGAUCACUUUCCAUGUACAUACAGCAAGCAUAAAGUAGAACCGAUACUACGUUGGAUUUGAAAAUUCUCAUUUUUGCGUGAUGUUGCUUUUGCGCCGCACAGACGACAGCAUACCACAGGCGGCACUAGCUUUACCAAUGCGACAUUUGACAUAUUCAUCCGUACCUCUAAAAGCUGCUACCUCGCUACCAAGAUAUACAUAUAAAUUGCUUAACACAUUUCACUGUAGCACCUGAAAUAUUUACAUUAAAGCAUUUUUCUCUAGUGGCACAACAAUACCGUUCAAUUCCUGUAAAUUGUGCGCUAGGAAGCAUACGUCGUCAGCAUAAUCGAGAUGUUCAAUGUAAGAUUUACUAAGCUGGCUUCAGAGAAAUAUGAAAUCAAGAAGGCGUUUUUUAACUCUGGCUGCGAAAGAACUUCGUACAGAAGACACAUUGAGCAGGAGGACCAUCUGAACGAAGGAGGUCGGCUGGCACCAGUGUUGGUUUCUUAUCGAUGGAUCGCUGGCGUAGUAGUUAAAUCGCAUUGAUGAGCCAGUACGACAUCUGCGUAAUCUUAAACUAUAAAAACUGCAAUCAGCUGAACCAAAGACAUCAGUUCCAAUUUGAACAACUAACCGUAGGAAUUCGUCGGUGAAGCUAAACAAACAAUUCGUCAGGAAAUGCGUCUAUUUUUGGUAUUUUGUUGCGCUUUGGCCGCAGUCACUCAUGCCAAACCACAAGGAUACAAUUAUGGCACUGGCAUCUCGGGCAGUAGCUCGUCGGGCAGCAGUUACCAAAGCGGUGGCGGUUUCGUGGGUGGACUCAGCGGACUUGGUGGACUAGGUGGCUUAAGCGCCCCCAGCAGCCACGGCAGCUUUGGCAGCGCCAGCAGCAGUAGUCCAAUUUUCGGUGGCUUCCAGAGCGGUGGUAUUGGCAGCAACUUUGGACGCGGUGCUGGUGUUGGUGGUUUCCAAAGCGGUAGCACUGGUGGCAGCUUUGGUCACAGUGCCGGUGCAGGUAGCUUCGGUAGCGGUAGCGGUAGCGGCAUAGGCGGCGGUUUCAGCGGCAUUGGUGGUGGUAUUCACGGUGGCGGCGCUUCCAGUGGUUUCGGAGGACAAUACCAGCAAACCGGCGGAUUCGAAGCACCACUUGUGCACAAACAAUUCCUCACCAUUUCUGCACCGGAAGAUCACGACUCACUAGAGCAAAGCAAACAUUUCGUUAUUGGACGCCCGCAAAAGAACUAUCGUGUGGUUUUCAUUAAGGCACCAUCUUCAAGUGCUGCUAAUGUGAAACUCUCAGCUGAAUAUGCGCCAAAGGAAGAGAAGACCGUUAUUUAUGUGCUGUCCAAGAAGGAUUCUACACUCGAGGUGAACGACAUCGCUACACCCGCACCCACAGUGCCAGCCAAACCAGAGGUAUUCUUCAUCAAAUACAAGACCGAAGAGGAAGCGCAUCAUGCACAACAACAAAUUCAAGCCGAAUACGACAAAAUCGAAGGUACAUCCGAGCACGCCGACGGCGGUAUUGGACAACAACAAUCUGUUGUUGGCAUACUGGAUGGCGGCGCUGGUGGUAUUGGUGAUGCUGGCAGCCGGGGAGUUGGUGGUGGAAUCGGAGGUGGUGUUGGUGGCAGCAGCUAUGCUUCGGGAAGUGGUGCUGGCAUUGGUGGUAUUAGUGGUGGUAGCUUGGUUGGUGCUUCCAGCUCUAGCUUUGGUGUUGGCCAAAGUGGCUCGAGCGGUGCAAAAUCUCCCACUUACCUGCCACCUUCCACACGAGUGUAAAAGUAGACAAUUUAGCAUUUUUCCAAGAAUGUUUGUUGAGCGAAUUUGAAUUUGCAACACGAAACUUGAAAAACAAUUUACAAACAUUUGUAUUUGUAUGUAAAAACCUUACUGUAACGAAAUAAAGAUUUAUUUUUUUAAUUAAA